AUGGACGGUUCCUCUCGUGCAAAGUUCAAUUACUGUUGCAACAGCAUUUCAUCAGUAGGCUCACGUUCGGUGAAUAGUCUAACGCUUCCUGAAUUCUGCUUCAGUAUGAUAGGAAGAGCCGACAUCGAAGGACCAAAAAGCAACGUCGCUCGCUAUGAUCGCCUGGCUGUCACAGGACAGUUAUUAUACCCUAUGAUAAAUUUUAUUGCACCUUUUCCCCGAGAUGGGUUUACAGGCACAAAUAUGAUAUUACAUGCUACAAUCUGGUCCAUCAUUGAUGUGAUUUGUCAAUAUUUCGUGCAUACGAAGAUCUUUGCGUUGUACAUGUACCUUGAUGCUACUAAAGACCCAUUCGGUCGCAUUGGGUUUAUGGAAAGAGACAUUAUCCAUGAUGGUAAUUCCCGCGGUUCAAAGAGCAGAGAUAAGUUUUUCGGCCAAAAAAAGCUUGGAAAACUUGAGCAUUGA